ACGGCAAGAGGUGGAGGAGGCGAGGAGAAGAGAUUGUUCCGAGGAUCGCCGUUUGCUUCCCCGUUUCUCUGCAUGGACCGUGAAGAAACGCGUUGAGUUGACCCUGUCGGAGCUGUUUCGGCUUCUACAUGUGAGAUCGGUUGGUUUAUUCUCUCCACCUAUCUCUCUCCAGCUUCCUUCCCUUAUUCUCCACUUUCUCCUGUAUGCAAAAUGGUGGACCCUGUGGGGUUUGUAGAGGCUUGGAAAGCGCAGUUUGCAGACUCUGAGCCUCCUAAAAUGGAGCUGAAAUCUGUGGGAGAUAUUGAACAGGAGCUGGAGAUGUGCAAAGCGUCCAUCCGGAGACUGGAGAUGGAGGUCAACAAGGAGAGGUUCCGCAUGAUUUACCUGCAGACUCUUCUGGCAAAGGAGAAAAAAAGCUAUGAUAGACAGAGAUGGGGCUUUAAACGUGCUUCUCAGUUGCCUGAAGGGGGUGCUGACCAGCAGGUCCAAGACCUGCCUCAUCACCAGUCUGCUGACCAAGAUGAACAUGAAAAAAGCAAGUCGCACCAUGGGGAGGAAAAGUUCAAACCCAGGAUGCCUUCUCUGCGAAAGCUGUCUACCCAGAGCGAUGGGUCAGACCUGUCACCUUUGGACAGUCCCCAUCACGGAGAAGGGGAACAGGACAGGUGUAAGUAUUAUGGCGAGGAGAAAUUGAAGAGAGUUGCAGAAGAUACAGAAAGUCGCUGUGACACAGAUGGAUCUCCUUCAAAACACAGAUCGUCUUCCACUCGCAGGCUAGUGGGAUCUGCUGAGAAGGACGGAUUGUUUGAACCUAUUUCCAAGGAUAGAGGAAACAGCACCAGUGUGGCAGCCCUAAGGUCCAAUUUUGAGAGGAUUAAAAAGGGCAAUUCACAUCAUUCUGGAGAUAACAAGGAUGUUGUUGAAAAACCCUUUUAUGUAAACAUGGAGUAUCAUCAUGAGAAGGGUCUAGUGAAGGUCAACGAUAAAGAUGUUUCUGAUAAAAUAAGCUCUCUUGGUAGUCAAGCCAUGCAAAUGGAACGCAAAAAGUCCUUACACUCCCUUCCUUCAAACAUGGUACCCAGCUUCAAUGAAUUCCAGCGGCCUGCUUACAGGGGGAGAUCCUCAGAGAGCAGUUUUGGCUAUGAUGGAGAAUAUGAAGAUGCUGAACUGAACCCCAGGUUUCUCAAAGAUAAUCUGAUAAAUGCCAAUGGCAGCAACCGCUCACCUUGGCAGCCCAUGGACUUUCAGCCCUAUCAAAGUAUCUAUGUUGGUGGAAUGAUGGGGGAGACAGAAGGGAAAGGACCUAUCCUGAGAAAUCAGGGUACAGCUGACCAGGAGAAACAUCUCACUUGGCCCAGGAGAUCUUAUUCCCCCAGGAGUUUUGAAGACAUUGGAGGAGGGUAUACUCCUGAUUGUAGCUCUAAUGAGAACCUUACCUCCAGUGAGGAAGAUUUCUCUUCAGGGCAGUCCAGCCACGUCUCCCCCAGCCCUACCACUUACCGCAUGUAUCGGGAUAAAAGUCGUUCUCCCUCCCAGAACUCUCAGCAGUCCUUUGACAGUAGCAGUCCACCAACUCCCCAGUCUCAGAAACGGCACAGGCAGCAGCAGGUCAUUGUAUCUGAGGCUACUAUUGUGGGCGUACGAAAAACGGGACAGAUCUGGCCAAGUGAUGGAGAUUUGCCUUCUGGGAGAUGUCACCACGACAGCCUCUUCCAUGGAGAUGCAGAUGCUUCAUUCAGUGGCACACCACCCAGCUAUGCGUAUGAUGCAGACCGUGCUGAAGAACAGAGGCGACAUCAUGAUAUGAUGCCCUACAUCGAUGACUCGCCAUCGUCUUCCCCCCAUCUCAGUUCCAAGAGUCGAGGCAGCAGAGACACCCUGUCUUCAGGGUCUCUGGAAUCUACAAAAUCAAGUGAGCUAGAUCUGGAGAAAGGCCUGGAGAUGAGAAAAUGGGUCUUGUCAGGAAUCCUGGCCAGUGAGGAAACCUAUCUGAGCCACUUGGAGGCUCUGCUGCUGCCUAUGAAGCCUUUGAAAGCAGCUGCCACCACGUCUCAGCCUGUGCUGACUAGUCAGCAGAUUGAGACCAUAUUCUUCAAAGUGCCUGAGCUCUAUGAGAUCCACAAAGAAUUCUAUGAUGGACUCUUUCCCCGAGUGCAGCAGUGGAGUCACCAGCAACGUGUUGGAGACCUCUUCCAAAAGCUGGCCAGCCAGCUGGGAGUGUACCGGGCCUUUGUGGAUAACUAUGAAGUUGCCAUGGAGACAGCAGAGAAAUGCUGCCAAGCCAAUGCUCAGUUUGCUGAAAUCUCUGAGAAUCUAAAGGCUAGAAGCACAAAGGAAUCUAAAGAUCAGACGACGAAAAAUUCCUUGGAAACUCUGCUAUACAAGCCAGUGGAUCGAGUGACUCGCAGCACACUUGUACUGCAUGAUUUGCUCAAGCACACUCCAGUGAGCCACCCUGAUCAUCCACUCCUGCAGGACGCCCUGCGGAUCUCACAGAACUUCCUUUCCAGCAUCAAUGAGGAGAUCACUCCUCGUCGGCAGUCCAUGACUGUAAAGAAGGGGGAGCACCGGCAGCUCCUGAAGGACAGUUUCAUGGUGGAGCUCGUUGAGGGGGCUCGCAAACUACGCCACGUCUUUCUUUUUACUGAUCUGUUCCUGUGUGCCAAGCUCAAAAAGCAGAUUGGAGGAAAAAGCCAGCAGUAUGACUGCAAAUGGUACAUCCCACUCACUGACCUUAGUUUCCAAAUGGUGGAUGAGUCCGAGGCAGUUCCCAACAUCCCACUGGUACCUGAUGAGGAACUGGAUGCCAUGAAAAUCAAGAUAUCCCAGAUCAAGAACGAUAUCCAGCGUGAAAAGAGGGCCAAUAAGGGCAGCAAGGUCAUUGAGAGGUUGAAAAAGAAGCUCUCAGAACAGGAAUCGCUCCUGCUGCUGAUGUCUCCCAACAUGGCUUUCCGGGUGCACAAUCGCAAUGGCAAGAGUUACACGUUCCUCAUUUCAUCGGACUAUGAAAGGGCAGAGUGGAGGGAGAACAUCCGGGAGCAGCAGAAGAAAUGCUUUAAAAGCUUCUCACUCACAUCAGUGGAGCUCCAGAUGCUGACAAAUUCCUGUGUGAAACUCCAGACAGUUCACAACAUUCCCCUCACUAUCAAUAAGGAAGAUGAUGAAUCUCCAGGUCUCUAUGGAUUCCUGAAUGUCAUUGUCCACUCUGCCACAGGAUUCAAGCAAAGUUCAAAUUUGUAUUGCACGUUAGAGGUUGAUUCUUUUGGGUAUUUUGUGAACAAGGCCAAAACCAGGGUGUACAGAGACACCACGGAGCCCAACUGGAAUGAGGAGUUUGAGAUUGAGUUGGAAGGCUCACAGACUCUGCGGAUUUUGUGCUAUGAAAAGUGCUACAACAAAAUGAAGCUCACCAAAGAGGAUGGAGAGAGCACAGAUCGCAUAAUGGGAAAAGGACAGAUCCAGCUGGACCCACAGACACUGCAGGACAAGGACUGGCAACGCACAGUCAUCUCAAUGAAUGGAGUUGAAGUGAAGCUGUCAGUGAAGUUUACCAGUCGAGAGUUCAGCCUGAAGAGGAUGCCAUCACGGAAACAGACGGGGGUCUUUGGGGUCAAGAUUGCUAUUGUCACCAAGAGGGAGAGAUCAAAGGUGCCUUACAUUGUGCGCCAGUGCGUGGAGGAGAUCGAGCGCCGCGGAAUGGAGGAGGUGGGCAUCUACCGCGUCUCGGGGGUCGCAACCGACAUCCAGGCUUUGAAAGCGGCCUUUGAUGUCAAUAACAAAGAUGUGUCAGUGAUGAUGAGCGAGAUGGAUGUUAAUGCUAUUGCAGGCACAUUGAAGCUGUACUUCCGAGAGCUGCCUGAACCUCUCUUUACAGAUGAACUGUACCCCAACUUUGCAGAGGGCAUUGCACUUUCAGAUCCCGUUGCAAAGGAAAGCUGUAUGUUGAAUCUAUUGUUAUCACUUCCAGAACCCAACCUUGUCACAUUCCUUUUCCUUUUGGACCACUUAAAAAGGGUUGCUGAGAGGGAGAGCAUUAACAAGAUGUCCCUGCAUAAUCUUGCAACUGUCUUUGGACCAACGCUGCUCAGACCUUCAGAGAAGGACAGUAAAAUCCCUGCCAACCCAACCCAGCCUAUAACAAUGACUGAUAGCUGGUCACUAGAAGUCAUGUCCCAGGUUCAAGUCCUUCUGUACUUCCUGCAGCUAGAGACCAUCCCUACCCCAGACAGCAAGAGGCAAAGUAUUCUCUUUUCCACCGAGGUGUAGAUGUCUGUGAUGCCAACAGGACUCCAAAAAAAAACACGCCACAAACCCAACCUGUUCUUGGCAUGAAUCUGCCACUCUUGAAAAAAGGAAGACUGGUGUUUCUUCAGACAUUUCUGGCCUGUUCCUGUUCUGGGGAAUUACGGCCAUCAGUGCUUCUGCUGUUUGUUAACCAGUGGCAAGCUGAAGAGAAGGUAGAAAAAUACCUACUUUUGAUCAGGAGAAUGAGAAUCGAAGUGGAGAUAGAGCUGUGCAGAACCUCCACUAGAAGGAGCAAUAGACACUUGAACAGAUGCACCGCGGAGUGUGGCUGUUACUCUUGUUGGGAAUGUGAUGGAAGGUAUUCCUCAUUUUAUGGAUUUGUCAUAAAGAAACGUCAAGAUUUCUAAUGGACCACUUGAUAGGAUACCCGUUUUUGGGUGAGAGGGAGUUAAAGGAUCUAUCACAACUGUGUCUUUAAUAACUGCUGUUUUUAAAGUACUGUUCUAGGCUACAAAAAUAGCAUUGCUUUGCAAGAAGAGGAAAGAAGGGAAGGGUCUGGGAUCUAAGACACCCUCCUCUGAAAUUGAAGUCCUGACCUGAACAGGGUUCUAAAGAAGUGAAACAGUUUUGCAUACAACCCAAACUUUUUUAUUUGUCUUGCCCACCCCUUCUCCUGCAAAUGUUUAUACAAGGAGAUGCUGUGCUCUUGCCUAUGUUGCACUUCUGAUGGAGUGGAUUUUUUGGGGGGUGGGGGUGUUGAAGGGCCCAGACUCAAUGAUUUUUCACUACAAAUAAAUACAGCAAAUUAAAGAGAGGCAGGGACGGUUUGAGUCAGUGCUUUGUGAUUCGUUGGUUGUUUGCAUAUAAAAGCAGGAGCAAUAUUAUCCAGAGAGGAUUGCUGAAUUCCUUAGACUCUGCCAAACUUAAUGAAAAUUAAUUGGGAAGGCUGUUAAUUCCCAACACUCCAAAGAAAAGAUGUUAACACUGCAAAAAUAAUUGAAGCAUUCGUGGACAAAACAAAUUAUUAGUGGUUAUCAGGUUGCCUGGCUGCUUACUCCUAUCAGAACAUAUUUUUUAAUAUAUAGAUAUAUACUUGAAUUUUGGAGGCUUUGUACGUGCAUUGCUUCUACGAGAGUCAUCUUCUGAUAGCUGCUUUGAUAAAUAUGUCAGAAUGUACUUUAUGGACAGCCUAGCCAGUAGCAUGCAUGUGUCCUCUUCAGAAAUGUUAAGCCUGUGUUAAGUAAGAGCAGUGAAGGGAUUUCUGUGGAACCACACAGAGCUGUACAGCAGGUCUCACUAAAUACUGGGCUGGUGUCUUCCUGCCUAACUUGGUCAGAGCCACGGGGGUUACACAGGUGUAAAGGACAGCAGUGUUUGUCUAGGGAACUGAAAGCAAAAUCUCAUUGCUGGCAUCCAGAGCAAAGUGUUCUGGCUAUGAAGGAGCUGUGCCAAACGUCCUGGGAGAGGUGGGAAUCACUCCACUGUCAUUAACAACUCCAGCCCCCGUUGCUUCAUACCCAGUUAUGCAGCAUCCAUUUGGUGGCAACCAUCCAGGCAAGAAGAAGAGUGCAGCAUGAAGACAAGGGGAGGAAUCAGCAUGGAGAAAGGGAGGGAAGGACAGAUCUUGAUUGGUGUAGUUGGGUUGCCAACAUCACUUGAGGAGAAACUCCACAGAGAAAGCAACCCCCGUGAUGCUGAAUUUUAUGUUUUCUGAUGAGUGACCUGCAGUGUCUCAGUUACAAAAAUAUAUAUAAAAAACCACCAACAAAGGAGUCUUUCAAACAAAUGGAGAGAAAGAAAUAAUGGAAGGGAAAUGAUUUUGUAGUCAAUGUAAUUUUGACUGCUGCAUAAUAUUAGAAAAUAUUGUACUGUGAAGUUACAAAUUCAAAAAGGAAAAAAAUAGAAAUUCUGAUUUUGUGAGUAUAUCAACAUUUUGCAUGCUAUGUAAGGAUCCUUAUAGGAAUUUAAUAUUGCUUAGUAUCCCUCCCUUCUUAGGUCUGGGAGCAAACCUCUUUGUAAUGUAACGUACAACUAGAAAUUCCUUCUCUCUUAUAUGUAUUUCCAUUACAUUCCGACUUCUGAAUCUGGAAAACAGAAAACAUGUUUAUAGUAGGAGGUGCUUUUGGGGGGAGGGAGGGGAUGAAGGCAAGAAAACUUGAAGGUUUAGCAUUUUUUGUAUUUAUUUCUGUCUUUUUUGAAGGUAAAAAUUAGUCACAAUCUUGACAACUUUCGACUUAAGUCAGGCGGACCAGUAAACCACAGCGUGGUUUUGGUUUUAUGUAUUUGUUCUCAUUUCCACCUAGCAGAUCCAUAACAAUCCUUUUCCUGCUGGCUGCACAGCUGCCCAUUCCAGGCUGCUGUGUGGUGCAUCUGAGGCAGUGGCGCUGCUGCUGACUGCAUUGGAAGGAAAAAAGGCCCACAGACCAACAGCAGGAGCAAAGUGCAGGAGACAGUUGGGUGCCAGAGCCCUUUCCUUUCCGUGUUCAGAAUCUGUGGCUGCCCUUUGCAGUGUUGAAACUGGAAAGCAAUACCAUAAUGACUGUGCCAAUUUACUUUUACCCCAUUUUUUAUUUUUAUUUAUAUAGGAAAUUAAUAUUAAGUUGCUGAUGUACGGCGUGUAACUAUGAGAAAUGGCUUUUGCUUGGUUACUGUUACAGGUUGUUGCUUUAGUCUCUCAAUUACGAUGCUCAGUUCUAAUGUAACGUAAUCUAACAUGCAGGCAUGUGGAUCAGGGAAAAAAAGGUAAUUUAACGUAACCCAUUAAUUAUUUCUGUUGAGUGUGUUUUCCCCAAAGCUGGUAAUUUUGGGCUGGAAAAAAGAGCGGAUGUUUCUGCUAAUGAUGAAAUCAUGGACUGAUUUGAAAUAUGAGAAUUGAUUUUUUGAAUUGCUGUUAAUUUUGCAAUUUAAGUUUUUUUCAGAUAGACGUUUGUGUUCAGAAAUGAAGCGUUUCCAAAAGGCUUUUGUAUUCUUUUCCAAGGGAUGUUGUGGGCCUGGGUUUUUUUUAAACUUUGUUGUGUUUUUAAUAAGCCUUAUCACACUUACAACAUAAAGGGACUUGUAAAAACGUGGCUUUACAGAAGGUCUUCUGAUUUAAGAGCUGUGUCAGAAAACCUAACUUCUGCAUUUCCCGUAAGAAAAUAUACAGUGUACAAUAUAAACAACAUAAGAGCAAAUUACCCUUUAAAACUGCACUGAGUUUGUGUUCUUUCUGUUUCUAUUGCAUUGGAAAGAAGUUUCUAAAGAAGCAGCUGAAACAUCAACAGCUUCAGCAGAAAUACUGCAGGUCUUUAGGACAGACUGUGCCUCCAGUGUGAGAAAGAAGCAUAGGUUUCUUGACAGUUAGAAACUAUUCUAAAAUUCUCUUUUAAAAAACAAAAACAAAAACAGUGGUCAGUUUUUGUUUUUGUUUUUUUUUUUUAAUUAAAAAGUAAAGCAAAAUAAGGGAAAAGGUUUUAAUGAUGGGCAAGAAGAAAAUAGUGCUACAUCAUUCUGAGCUUUGUUUUGUGUGUGCUUUUCGUGGGAGGGUGUUGAAAUUAAACUGAAACACAUCCGUUGAAAUGCUGCUGGUGUUCUUUAUCCUUGCACAACUUUAAGCAAGUUGAGGUGCAGCCAAGCGAUUGCAGGCUUCUAACGCUGCUAUUUUUUUGUAUACCAGCUAAGGGCAAAGUACAGCUGUGCACUGACUGUAUUUGCUGAUGCCAACUGCUCGCCUUGAUUCCACCUUUCCAUUGCUCAUACUAAGGCUGUCAGCGUGCAGAUGAAGCAGAACUGCAAUGUGUUGCGUUGGCCACGAGGUGGUGGAACCACAGAGUGUUUGAUGGAAGCUGCAGUAUUUCCACAGCUUAUUCAUUUUACCUGUUUAAAAUUGUGUCUCACCAUUGAGUUACUUUUAUAUGAGUUUAUUUAAAUGGAUGUACUGUUCUGCAAAGCAUACGUGGAGCUCUAAGCUUGCCUGUCACCCACUGUAACACUGGAAGGCAUGGCAACUUGUUCAUUUCUCUUACUGUACCGUUCUUGAAGUAUGCACAGGAUGUAAAUUGACCAGCACGGCUUUCAGACAUACUGAAAAUCUGAUGGAGGAAAAAGCGACCCUCUCUGGUUCCUCACUGGUUGCUGAGUCCUUUGUUUUCAGGGCUUGUUCUGCUGAGGCAGUGCUGUCAGAUGUGGCAUUCCCACCAUGGCAAUGUUAGGAAGAAGUGGAAAACAUUUCCCACUCUUUCUCUCUUCAAUUCAAAAAGAGAGAAACUUGCAGUAAUAGAAGACCAACACAUUCACGCUGGAUUUGAGGGAUUUGCUUCUGUUCCUUACAGAAAAAUCUGAAAAAGGAAGGAAGUAUGUUCAGAAUAAUCAAAAUUUGGAGUAGUUGGCAAGUCAGUCACUUACUUGUUCCUCCUUAGGUUUUUGUUUAGUCCAGGUACGUUUUGCUUUGGAAGCUUUGCUAACGUCCCUUUGUAGUGCUGCCUGAAAAAUCAGAUACCAUCCACUUCCUUUAACACGGGGUUCUUGCAGCUGAGAUCACCGAGCCUUACAAUUAAUAUCAGCAAUCUUCCAUUCACAGCCAGAAUUAAAUGGAUACCUGUGUGCGUUCCAUGGAAGUUUUCACUGGGUAGAUGAAAGUAUGUGGAUCUUCCUUAAAAUCAAGAAAGGACUGCUGAUAGAAGGAGGUACUCACAGCUAAUUAUUAUUUCUUACCAAAGUCUUAGGGAAGAAAGAUGACAUAAAUUGAAAAAAAAAAAAAAAACAACCAAAAAACAAUUAGGAAUCACUCUGAUAAGAUGAUCUGGAACUGUACAAAGCAGAAGCUCUCCUUUCAAGUUACAGAAGAAGACCUGUGGCCUCAUUUACUGACUGCCUUGUCAGUAAAUAAACAUAAAUUUAGGAAUGCCAGGAAUUCAGCUGCUGCAGCCUCCCUUCUGAUGUGCUGCAGCCCUCUUUCUCACUACUGAAUCUUCACAGUUCAGUGCCAAGAAAGCAAAGCUUAUCACAUGCUCUGUACAUUUUUUUUCCUCCAUGGCAACAGAGCACCAGUCUGUGUUAAACCAAAGGUGAAACGCUACUGCAAAGAAAAAUGGAACCAGGAGGUUAGAACACAGCUGAAGCUGGAAGAGGCUGCUUCUGAGCUGCAAGGAUAGAAUACCACAACUCCCUGCAGUGAUUGAAUGGUGCAAACAGUAAGGCCGAGGCAAAAGGAGCGUAUGGAUUAUCUCGGUUCUCCUGCCAGGAGCAGGUGCUAGAUUUAGGCCUGGGUCAAGCAAACGUGCUAAUGCAAGAACGAGAAAACUGUUCAAGGGCCUCCACUGUUGAUUCUGCCACUCUAUAGUAGAAUUGGAGGACACCACUGUAAAAGCAUGCAGUGACCUGUGCAAAUACAUGCCACAUCAUUUUACUUUCUACUGUCACGUUUCCUCUUUCAGUAAGAGACCCUCCCCUUUUUUAUCAGAAACCACAUCAUCCUAUACUGUAGAAAUGAGUUUAUAGCAGGGCUAUUCCUGGAGAUGGCUGGAAUAUUUCCAGCUUUCUGGUACAGAGUGGACCAGGUAGUGUUAAUGCUCCAGGCUUGUGCAGGCUUGUUUUGCAAGUAAGAUAUAUUCUAUUUUUUUGUCUGCUCAAGCAUACUUGGGAAUGAAUAUGAUCACAGAGUGCCCAAGCCUAGAAAAAAUAUUUGUUUUACUGCUCUGCCUUAAUUGCAGUCAUGUUCAAAUCAUCUCAUUGAAAUGAUUCAUCAGAACGGAGAAUUCUUCUUGGAUUUUUUGCUAGGGCUUGUGUUUGUGUAAUUAUUGCAGUGACAAGAUGUUCUGAGAUUUCAAGGCAUUCUACAGAUCAACCAUUUAUCUGCAGAGUGAUUUCUAUUGCAGGACCAGUUUAUAUCCCUGUGGAUGUGUGGAAGAGCAUGCUUGUAUACAAAACAGCUUCCUGCCUGGAAAGAGAACAUAGCUGCUUCCCACAGAUGGCCAAAGAACCACAAUGGGAAGAGCCCACCAGUGAGCAGAUGGCUUUGCUCCUUAGAGGCUCACGUUUUCCCUGGUGAGGCAAAGCCCAGAAAGCAAUUAUGGGGUCAGACCCAUCUUUUUAUAGUGCCUAAUUGAAUUAUCAACCGCCAAUAUAAAUAGGCAAGCUCAAAUUUCUUCCAUUUUAGUCAUGUUUUGGGAGAGGACUUCCAUAACCAUUAUGGGAUUAUGGAAAUAGCUGAAAACUGAUCUGAAUAUUAAAACUCCUUCAAAUACAACAGUAACAUAAUGAAAAUGCUGACUGCUGACAUAGCAGAAAGGUUCUUCACAACAGCCUCUUCUAAUGCAUCCACUCUGAUCUCUUCCUCAUUGCUUCUCACAGCCUAGGAGAAAUCUUGUCUUGAGCUCCACAGCAACAUACAAAAACUUCUGCAAGUCACAGUAAUUUGGAAUCCUGGAUACACAAGGACAGAUCUUUUACAGAGAUGGGAUAUCAGUGCUAAAAGUGACUAGGUACUAUCCAAGGCAGCAAAAAGAGGGUGAAGAAUUAAUGCUGGAUGACAAAGAGCAGCACAGUGGUCGGGUGAAGUUAAGUAUGAUCUCAUGGAAGGACACAUGUGACGUGUUGUCCUUCCUGUGUCUGUCUAGCAAAAAGCAAUGGGAGCAAAACAAAGCCUUCUCUUGCCUAUAUUGGUUAUAUAGUUCUUAUCUCUAUUACACGUGUUUAUAUUCCAUGAAGAAUGCCAGUGAAAGGAGGUCAUAAGACUAAAUAUAAAUACAAUUAAAUUAUAUAAUUAGUGAUAAUUUAUCAGGCGUAGAAGAAAAAACAACUUGUUACUGUUUGGAUAAUUUGGGGUUUCUUCAGAAUUAAUACUGCUGGAGUUGUUGUAACUUCACCGUGUUACAGAGGCUGGUUGUGACGUUUCAUACUGCUGUUGUCAGUGCUUCGGUAUCUCAGUGCUCUGUUUUUGCAAAGAAAACCAACCCUAAGAGCUUACUACUGAAAGGUGUUGAAACGACUGAAUAUCUCUCAGUUUAGGCACAUGUGAUGAAAAAUGGCAAAAAGGGGGAAAAUAAUCAUUCAGGAUUUUCUUUUUUUUAAUUUUCUGAGAUAAGUGGUAUGAAAGGGAUACAAAAACUGUAUUGGGGGGAAAAAGUCUAAGGCAUUUGUAGCCUUUCUUUGUACACAGUGUUAAAUAAAAUCUCCUGUAUCUGUU